CAAAUUCACUCACAUGGCCCUUUCAUUCCCUUCCUUCCUUUUCUCGAGCACUGGCUGCGCCAGCUCCGACUUAAAGAUCUUCUCUGAUCUCCUCUACAUUGGCUGAUCUCCUGAACAAGAUUCACCCCAAAAUAAUCCCGCUCAAGGCUGAGAAAUUGUGUCCACACAUGUUGAAAGACCAGUCUGUGGAACCAAGCCUGGAUCAGGAUAUAUAGAACCUUCUGGUUCUGUGAAUAAAGAGGCACCAGGGGUGGUACAACCAGCAGACAUGACUCAGAGCAACGGGGAGAACUCGCAGGCCCAAAACCGGGUCAGACAGAUCCGCGACGGGUUCCAGUCUCGCUCCCUGAAGGCCAAGCAACGGAUGGAGAGCCUCACUAAGGAUGACGUCAAGGGCUUCUUUCUCAGAAACGCCUUUGUAAUCUUCACUGUUGCUGCUGUGAUCAUUGGUAUAGGGCUGGGGUUUGCCCUGCGGCCAUACAAGAUGACCUAUCGCGAGGUGAAGUACUUCUCGUUUCCCGGCGAGCUGCUGAUGCGCAUGUUGCAGAUGUUGGUGCUUCCGCUCCUGGUGUCCAGCCUCAUCACAGGCAUGGCGGCCCUGGACAGCCGUGCCUCGGGGAAGAUGGGCAUGCGGGCAGUGGUGUACUACAUGAUCACUACGGUGAUCGCGGUCUUCAUCGGCAUCGCCACGGUGCUCAUCAUCCACCCCGGGAAAGGAUCCAAGGACGAGUUCAAAAAUCAGCAGAAGAUCGAGCAGGUCAGCCCUGCUGACGCUUUCCUGGACCUUAUCAGAAACAUGUUCCCUCCUAACAUAGUGGAAGCUUGCACACACCAGUUUAAAACCCAGCACGGGAAGAGAGUUGUCCACAUGAAGAUGACAGUGAACAACACCCUCUUCAUGCUGAACGGGACGGAGAGCCAGUACGUCACCAGGGAGGAAGUGAUCCCCGUCCCGGGACAGGUGAAUGGUGUCAACGCUCUGGGCCUUGUGGUGUUUUCCAUCAGCUUCGGCCUCAUCAUCAGCAAUAUGAAGGAGAAGGGCCAGCCCCUCAGGGACUUCUUCGACUGUCUUAACGAGGCCAUCCUGAGACUGGUGGCUGUCAUUAUGUGGUAUGCACCCAUUGGCAUCAUGUUUCUGAUUGCUGGGAAAAUCGUUGAGAUGGAUGACAUCACAGAAAUGGGAAGCCAGCUGGGCAUGUAUACAAUGACUGUCAUCAUUGGCCUGACAAUCCACGCCAUCGUGGUGCUCCCCACACUCUACUUUGUGAUCACGCGGAAGAAUCCCUUCAUCUUCAUCGGUGGACUCCUACAGGCUCUCGUCACCGCACUCGGGACCUCGUCCAGUUCAGCCACUUUGCCCAUCACCUUUAAAUGUCUGGAGGAGAACAACGGGAUCGACAAGCGUGUGACGCGGUUCGUGCUGCCAGUGGGUGCCACCAUCAACAUGGAUGGCACUGCUUUGUAUGAAGCCCUCGCAGCUCUCUUCAUUGCCCAAGUCAACAACAUGGACUUGAACUUUGGGCAGAUUCUGACUAUAAGCAUUACCGCCACGGCAGCCAGUAUUGGAGCAGCUGGGAUACCCCAGGCCGGACUGGUCACCAUGGUAAUUGUUCUGACCUCUGUUGGACUGCCCACAGAUGACAUCAGCCUCAUCAUUGCAGUGGAUUGGUUCCUGGACAGGUUGCGUACAACCACUAACGUGCUGGGAGACUCAAUUGGUGCAGGUAUCGUGGCGUACCUGUCCCGUCAUGAGUUGCAAUCCAGGGAUGCAGAGAUGGGGAGCUCUGUGGUGGAGGAGAAAGACAAGAAACCCUAUCAGCUCAUCACCCAGGAGAAUGAGUAUGAACAUGAGAAGCCUCCAGACAGUGAAACCAAGAUGUAGGAGCACACUUUGACCUCAGUCUAUUACCAGUCUAUAGUACUACAGGAACAUCUCUGGGGAUAAAAUAGGGCUUGUUUUGUAAGUGAUACGUUAUGCUUUUUGUGUUUGGUGUUUUGUUUUUUUAUCAGAUGUAGCAGCAAGCAAUCUAUGCCAAUCUUCAAACCCUGCCAACUCAAUAAGCCCACUUUAUGUUGUUUAGACCAAGACAGUAAACUAAGAUAAUGCAUUUUCCUUGAUCAAAAUUGAAGGAAGGUUUUUGAAGCUGGGCUGAUUUGAUUUAGAUCAAUAAUUUUUUUUAUGUGAAUAUAGUUAAGAAGGUACAUAAUUCGUAUUAAGUGUGUAUGGAUUGUCAAGCAUCUCAGUGACUUUUUGUCAGAAGACUUUACCUUUCCUUACACUUGACAUCACAGUAUGUUAAUAGAUUUGUUUUUCAUAAGUCAGAUGUGGAAAUGAUUUGGUAUUUUUGUAUCAUGCUCUUUUAAAAUAUUUUGUGGCUGAUAAAACCAAAAUUGUAAUUUCAUCUGCAGGUGAGAUUUAAACAGUGAUAGUUUUACAUAAUCAUCAUUGUACCAAAAACUCUAAAACAUCUGUAUGUUACAAUUGUGAACCAUGCCAUGUUGUGUAAAGAUACUGCAGUGAUCCCUGUAGACGGAUACAGUUGAACCCAUUUUAUGAUUUGGUACCCUUGAUUUAGGAACUCACUUGGCUAAUAACUAACUACAUUUACAUUCAUACUUUAGUCUAUGAUCCUGUUCUAUUGAUGAUGUGGUUGUUUUGUGACAUAUCCAAAUGGUGCCACAAAUAUUACAUUUACAGAACUGAAUUCACGGUAAACAAAAAAUGCCACAAAUGGAACAUUAAUUAACAUAAUUACUGAAUUAACUAUAAACUUAAUGUAAUCAUGCUCUUAAGAUAGUGCUUAAACUAAUGGGUGUAGAAUUUCACAUUUAUUGUAUGUGUUGCUAGCAUGCUCUCUUUUAUGAACAAAAAAUGCUUUUCAUAUGCUGUAUAUACUGUGUGUAUAGAAUAAGUACACUAGGUACUUCUGUAGAUAUUAAUUGUAGAUUUGAAGAGCAUAAGAUUACAUGUGGUGGAUGACUGCUGUGAAGACUCAUUUAAAGACAUUCCUCUGAGCACUUGAGAGCUUGAGAGCUAGAACCUCCCCCAGUGGAUAUAAAUGGUCUAGACACCCCAGUUAAAAUGCCAGGUUCUUGUGAUAUAAAAGAAUGAGACAAAAAUAAAUAAUGUCAGAG